AUUUUUUUUCUUGGUACCAUGGGUUCGUCGGCUGGAUUGGAGGGUCCAUUCCAUUUCAAGCUCAGCAAUGGAGCUUCGAUCCCGGCGGUGGGUCUUGGAACUUGGCAAGCGGAGCCCGGUUUGGUUGGAAAGGCUGUGAAGACUGCCCUGGAAGUUGGCUAUCGUCAUAUUGAUUGUGCUAGCGUCUAUGGAAACCAGAAAGAGAUCGGCGAGGCCUUGAGCGAAGUUUUCAAAUCCGGGAUUGUCAAGCGCGAGGAUGUGUGGAUUACUUCUAAACUCUGGAACACCGACCAUGAUCCGGAGGACGUGCCAAAAGCGCUGGAGGCAACUCUCAAAGAUCUCCAGCUCGACUACUUGGAUCUCUAUCUCAUCCACUGGCCUAUUCGAUUCAAGAACAGCGUCCAAGGAAUGAACACAAGCCCCGAGAGCUUCAUCGCUCCAGACAUCCCGGGGACCUGGCGAGCGAUGGAGAAGCUCGUCGAUUCCGGCAAAGUCCGAGCGAUCGGCGUGAGCAACUUUUCCAGCAAGAAGCUCGAAGAUCUGCUCAACACCGCGAGGAUUCCACCCGCAGUGGACCAGGUGGAAUGCAAUCCACUGUGGCAGCAAAACAAGCUACGCCAGUUUUGCAAGUCCAAAGGAGUCCAUCUCUCGGGAUACUCGCCUCUUGGAUCGACAGGAACGAGUGUGCUCAGCGACCCGGUUGUCAAGGAGAUCGCCGAGAAGCUUGGAAAGUCCCCUGCACAGGUUGCUCUGAGAUGGGGGAUCCAAUCUGGAAACUCUGUUCUUCCCAAGAGCACCAAUGCCGACCGUCUCAAGUCCAACCUGGAGGUCUUCGAUUUCACCAUUGCAGAGGAGGACCUCCAAAAGUUCUCCAAGAUCUCCCAGAAACGGGGCAUGCCUGGGAAUGAAUGGGUGAACGACUCCACCAGUCCAUACAAGAGCGUCAAAGAGCUCUGGGACGGAGAAAUAUAAACCGCUGCAAGCUUUGCCACGCUGAUUUCU